UUUGAUGCGGGCCGGUCCGUCAUUGAUUUGUUUACAAUUUUAAAUUCUGAAAUCACGCGAGAUUUGUAGAUGCGUAAUUAUUGUAAAAUUGUAUAAAAAUCGAGACAUGACACAUGAAAUAUAAAAUACUUUCUUUUAUAAGAUUAAUAGUUUUGCUCUGGUUAUCAGGAUUAAUAGGUACAAACGAGGUGCGUCUGCCGUCUGCAUUCUGCACUAUGUUUGCACAGUCCCACUCUAAAGUGCGCUUUGUGAUAUUUUAUUAUGUGUUUAAACUCAUGUCGUCGGUGCAGUAAUGUAUGUGGUGAUAAUAGUAACUCUUUUAUUAUUUCAAAGAAUUUUUAAACGCUACUAUUCGUCGAGUUCAGAUCGAGUUAUGGUAUCGACGAGAGGAGUUAGGUAUAAGUUUAGCGAAGGGGAGCGUGUGUUGUGUUAUGAACCAGAUCCUACAAAAGCAAAAGUUUUGUAUGACUCCAAGGUUUUGGAAGUUAUAGAGAGUAAGGAUAAGCGUGGACGUCGCACUGUAGAGUAUCUGAUACAUUUCCAAGGUUGGAAUUCUUCCUGGGAUCGUUGUGUUAGUGAAGACUUUGUGUUAAAAGAUACCGAAGAAAACAGGCAGUUGCAGAGAGACCUGGCUGAAAAAUCUCAGCUUCAGUUGGGAGCAUACUUGUACAGACGAGAACGUAAAAAGGGCAACAGCACAAAUUCUGGUUCCGGGCCAGCUAAAAGACCCCGCCAUGGCUUCAGCGACGAUGGUUCUUCCAGUAGCACGCAACCUGAUCCUGAUGAUGGUGAGACAGGUGAUACAGACUCUUCAUCAGAGUCAGCAUCCAGUGCUCAACCCAAUUCUCCCCCCAACUUGAACCCUGGCAGAGCCAGUAUAAUAUUACCAUCGGCUCUUAGGGAUCGUCUGACAUUCGACUACCACCUGGUGGUGAAGCGCGGGCGGCUGUCGCGGCUGCCGGCGUCGCCGUGCGUGGCGCACAUCCUGGAGUCCUUCGUGAAGUGGUUCGCGCGCGCGGGCGCGUGGAACCCGCCGCGCGCGCGCCACGACCCCACGCACAAACCCGACAUGCUCGAUGUUUCGUGCAGGUUAAAUUUACUCAGGGAGGUAGCGGAUGGACUGAGGGUAUACUUCGACUUCAUACUGCGCGGGCAUCUACUUUACAAGCAGGAAGCGGAACAGUAUUACGAAUAUUGCGGGCAAUAUGUCGAAGAACCGGAUAUAAAGUCAGAGCCCGACGAUGAAGAUGAAGAGAACCAAGAUCCUGCGCAAGAAGAGGCCGCGAGAGAAGUGGAGGCGGUGGAGAACGACCUUAAGAGCCCUAAAUUGCCAGAGUAUUCCCACUUACCGCCAGACCCCGACCACGGAGAAAACGGAGAGGAGCCAAUAGCAGAGAACCAUGAAGCCGAGGCGGAGGCGGAGGCGGAGGCGGAAGACGAGGCGGAGGUGAAGACAGAGAUCGAGGAGACGCCUGAGGGCGCGAGGAGCUCGCCCCGAACCGAUGACGGUGCGCGGCGGGAACCGCAGGCCGCGCCGCGAUCACAUAGCCUCGCCAGGAGACUCCGUUCACACAAGUCAGCGGUGUCGCAGUCAGAAAAUGAAGAGCCAGCGCCGUCCACCUCCACGGGGGAACAAAGAACGUUUGAAACAUUAUCUUCAAGCGUGGGCAGCAGCGGCUCCUCGAUGAGCGAGAGCUGGGCGCGGCCGGCGCGCGCUCUGCCCGCGCCCGCCGCGCCCGCGCGCAACCCGCUCUCGCAGCUGCUCGACAAGGUAGCAAAAUGGCAGUUAGUACCGCGCGAGGAUACAGAACACCUUCCUUGUAGAGUCUAUGGCGCCAUUCACCUAGCGAGGCUCUUUGUUAAGCUACCUGACUUUUUAAAUGCAACACAGAUGCCCGAUUUCAAGUUGAAAUUAAUAUUAAAACAUAUAGAUAUGUUUGUACAGUACCUGGAGGAACACAGCGAGUGGUUCGGAGAAAUGUUUUACAUAACAGACGGCGUGUCGCGGUCGCAUUGAAUCACACAAAAUGUACAUAGGAAUAAUUAUGUUGAUCCUUUAGAGAUUACUAAGUUACAAGAGAUAGACGCAAGCCACAUUGUGGAUUACGAUGGCUCAGCUUAGCCUUGCUGAGCUUUGGCUUCUUUUCUACUUUGGUUCACACCGUCAGCGAUUUUGCUAAGGCGAUCUGUGGUAUAGCGAGGCGAUUAGCUCUACCCGGUAAUGGUAGUGUGCUUAGUGUUAGAUUUUACAUCUCAUCAAUGUUGAUAGAAUUCGUGCAUCAAAACAGUAACUUUAGAGUAAAUGGCCCUUAUUAAGACAUAUACUGAAAAAUCUACGUAUUCUUGUUUUUUUGAGAUAAUUUUAUCUUUUUUUUUUUACAUGUUGACUUAUAUCGAUACAUGUCGAGUUAAAAUAGAUGGCUCCUACUGUAUAGUAAGUCAUCUGAAAAAUUCCAAUUUUACGGGAGAGCGUGUCAAAGAUAAA